CGUCCCAACGCCGCCCCGACAGCCCCCCCCCCCCCCCCAAAUCAGCCCAAGUAGCCCAAUAGGAACCGAUGGCGCCGUUACUGUUGAUGCUCUGACCUUCCGCUUUCUGAAGAACACAAUACGAUCCAUUUGUGGGCCAUGCCCAUCCCAUCCCGUCCCAUCCUAUCCUAGGUAGGUGGGUAGGUAUCUGUAAGUAUUCAUUCGUACGGAUAAUCCUCAUUCCUCUCCUACAUCUCCUAGCCCCCGGCCUUGGCUCUUGAAUCAUCAAGCGUCCACCGCUGUCCCACACUUGCCUUAUCUCUCCCAUCUCGCCAGCGCACCCCGGUCCUCCGCGACGUAGCUCGGAUUUCUAUUUCUUUUUCCCAUCUCCCACGCCACGCCCUUGGCUCGCUGCGCAGCACCAAAUCCCAAGUCCGUCCCUUCGCCUGGCUCAUGUUGGCUACCCUCCGCCUCCUCCUAGUCCUGAUCCUCCCGUCGGCCUGAUUGUCGUCACUCUCGAGAACCAAAAAGAGGAAUUCUACGGCUGAGUGCAGCGGACCACACGAUCCAACAGGAAUGGAACCGGCGCUGUGUCGCUCCCUUCAUCUCACCAACUUCGCCCCCAACGUCCCGGCCCGAGUCACGGCAUAGAUCGCUCUGGUGCUCGACUGUCCUGCUCUGACAAAAAUCAACGAGCACAUCCGGUUCUGCUCUGGAACGUCGCUAUCCCCCGUUGGCCGGUUUAAAGCUUCAACAGAGCACACCGAAACCGUUUUGCGCCAACUGCGUCGAGACCGUUUCAACCGCCCACUUGUUAGUCAACAGUCACGCACAACCGAAACCGAUUCUUGCGAAUAAACCCACGAUGCCGGCCCCCAAAGACGACGUAAUCGUCACCCGCGUCGACCGCGACGUCCACAAUAAACCCGUGAACGAAGCAACAGAGACAACAUCAUUGCUGAGCGCAGGCGCUCCUGAUGGUGAUGGCUCCUGCGCAGAUACAUGGCCGGGCUAUGCCGACUUCGAAGGCUUGCCGUGGUGGAGGACACCAUCUGUCUAUUGGCUCCUCGUUCCGUAUGCCCUCUUUACGUUGGCCUUUGGAGGCUCCUUGGUGCCGAAACUGAACCUUAUCGUCGACUUGGUCUGCCAGCGGCAUUUCGCUGACCAGACGGUCCUCGACCCGGCUUUUGCUUAUACUCCCGUGUUCAUCGGCGCCGAAAAUCCGCAGUGCCUCAUCAAGGAAGUGAAGAAGCGUGUCUCCAUGUUCACCCUGGCCAUCAACCUCACCACCGGAAUCCUGUCCGCCGUCACCGCUCCGAAGCUGGGCCAGCUCUCGGACCGAUAUGGCCGCAGGAAGCUCCUCGCCCUGGCCUCCUGUGGCGGCGUUGUGGCCGAGAUCAUCGUCAUCCUGUGCGCGAACUUCCCUUGGACAUUCCACUACAACUGGCUGCUCCUAGGCGCCGUGGCCGACGGGCUUACGGGUUCUUUCACCGCCGGCAGCGUCCUCGUCAACUCGUACACGAGCGAUUGCACCCCGCCAUCCCAGCGCGGCGUCCGCAUCGGCUACCUCCACGCCUGCCUCUUCACCGGUCUGGCCUUCGGGCCUCUCUUGACGGGCUACUUCGUCGCCUGGACCGGCAGCCUCCUCUCGGUUUUCUACGUCACGCUAGGAUGUCACGUCUUCUUCAUUCUCUUUGUUGGCUUCUUCAUUCCCGAGUCGCUCAGCGUCAAGCGCCAAAUCCGCGCUCGCAACAAGUACGACCAGGAGCAAGAGGUUCUGGCCAAGGGUGCCUGGGAGACUAUCAAGGCCGCGAACCCGCUGGCCCCCCUCAGGAUUCUCUGGCCCACGGGCCAGGGCAGCUCGUCGCGUCUGCGCCUCAACAUCCUCGCCCUCUCCUUCACCGACAUGAUCCUCCUCGGGGCCGCUAUGAGCGCCGGCACCGUCAUCCUGCUGUACUCCGAGUCUCCGGAGACUUGGGGUUGGGGUAAUCUCGAGAGCUCGCGCUACAUCUCGGCAGUGUCCAUGGUCCGCGUCGUGGCUCUUCUCGUCGUCCUCCCCCUCAUCAACUACGUCUUCCGCGUGAGGCCCGCCGCCUACCGGAGGAGGGUCUCAGGCGUCUCCAUCGUCGAGGCGAACAACGGCGCCGACACGGUCGACUGCUGGAUCCUGCGCUUCGCACUGUUGUCCGACGUCACCGGCUCACUGGGCUACCUCUUCGCCAGGAAUGAGUCCGUCUUCGUACUGUCCGGUAUGAUCACCGCCUUUGGCGGGCUUGGCAGUGCCACCAUCCAAGCCGCCAUCACAAAACAUGUCCCGGCCGACCAGGUCGGGCAGCUUCUGGGGGCCAUCGGCGUCUUACACGCCCUCUCGAGGGUGCUGGGCCCUAUCGCAUUUAAUACUCUUUACUACUCGACUGUCGGAGUGUUUGACCAGGCCAUCUUCGUCCUCCUCGCGUCCUUGUUUAGCUUGGCCCUGCUGGCCAGCUUCAUGGUGCGGCCCGGUGUGUAUCUCGAGGAGGUGUACACGCCUGUGCCUACGUCGGAGUCACAGCCCAGCUCCUACUCCAACUCCGAGGCGCUGGAGGUGUUGACGGAAGAGGAGAUGAUACCCAACAACUAAGGUUCAAGAGGUGGUGAUAUGUACAUUUAUGCGUGAUUUCCAAGAGAGCGAGAUGGAGGAUACGAUGCCUAGAUCAUAGACGUAAGCAACCUUCUGCGCUUGGGAACUACAUAGGUUUCUUUUCUUUGUUUUGGGCUUUAGAGCAACAGCAAAAGAUGCUGUUGGAUACAUCACCACCUAUCGAUACCACCAAUACAGUUUUCCUUGACUUUCACAUA